AUGACUCGUCUCUUCGACACGUACGGGUCCUUCAGGUGCGCCAUCUGUAACAAACAUCCCAGCAUCGGCUGGCUCUACCGUUGCACUCAAGACACUGGCGGCUUUCUGCCAGAGUCCGACUUUACUGACGUGCCGUGUCCCUCGAGGAGCCGCGCCGACCAAGAUGUCACCACUCAUUCACUCAGCAGCUCUGUCAUUAGGGCCAUUGGAGAAGGCCAUUACACCGACGAGCAGGUCAAGAAACUCAUCCAGCUGAAAGAGGGAGUCCGCCAUCUGGUCGUGUCAGAACAGCAAUCGGGAGACAGCAGACCUCCAACAAGCUCAACUUUCUCUACCGCAUCCUCCUCAUCCUCGGAUGGCGAUUGCACCUUCUCGACCAUCCCGCAAAGCACAACCUUCUCAACGACCUCGUCCACCUCGCUCGACGAAGAGAUCAAGCAGGCGUACGACUGGAAAGAGUUGCAAAAAAUCUGGAUGUCUGAGCCAUCCAUGGCACCGCCGGAGCCUUGCACGAAGUCGUUUUCGACGAUACCGGUUCCAUCACCACCUCUGCCACAGCCUCAGAAGCUCCCCCGACCACAACCCUGCACGUUUAAGAUCUGCCAUACAUGCCGCCCAACCUGCCGUGAACGUGCCUACCAAUCGUUGGAAGAUAUCCUGAACAGACCGGUUCAGAUGCCACCACUCUGGGAGUUACAAAACCGACGAGUCUCUGACGCUCGCAUCGUUGCACAAAUCGGCCUACCAAAACUUGAUCGGUCCCGAUUCUAUGAGCAAAUGGACCCUGCCGCUCUGCACUCUAGCUGUACAAUUCCUGGGAUCGUCAUCGAUGAUUCGGACGGCGAGGUAGACUACUUCGAUCCAGCAACAGAGGAAUAUAUUGCAUAUGUGCCAGGAGCGGACUCCAGACCCUGUGAGAGCCGUUCCAAUAACAACAACUGGGGCGAAGAUCAUUUCCAUGACAACCAGCCGGCUGAAAAUCAUUCCAACGAUCGGGUUGACGUACUCUCCGUCGACAAGCGUAGCAGCUUCCGCCAAACCAUCCGCAAAGCCCUGACCAGAGCCCGUCGUGAUGGCACCACUGCCAUAGACUCGAACACAGAUACCUCUGAUCCCGACUGCGACUCUCAUGUCCGACCACAACCACAAUCUCGGCCUUCUAGCUCCCUGAUCUUUCGACGCCGCCGUUCCCGUGCAUCUACGCUCUCGUUUGUCGAAACCCCCGGUGCUCGAGUCGUGGAUACGAGUCCUUUGCAGGAAUCAGUCAUGCUCAUGGUCGCCACCAAUACGCCGCUACCGCAAACACCGGGCAUGAAUGGUUUCAACUUGAACCCAAGUGUAGAGGAUGGGCCUAUCGACGACAAGACGGACGAUCAAGGAAGCUACUUCCCACAGAUGAAUAUCAUUAGCCAGGCAUAA